ACAAAUAAGAUUUAUUUCUAAGUCAUAAGAUAAAUUUUUUUAUAAAAAAAAACAUUUAACGAGAGAAACGGCGACAAAAAUGGCGAUUGCCAAUAGAAGAUGAAUCUGUGUCAGUUUCAAUUUUUUCUUUUGAUUUUGGAAGAUCGGAGGAAGGGUUAUCAUCAGGAGAGGGGGAUCGGUUUGAUUCUCAAUGCGACGGUAUAUGGCGAUUUGAAUCUGGGGGAAUCUUGGGGUUUUCAAAUAAUCUGGAGAUAUGGGGAUCGUAAGGAAAUUCCAAUUUGGAAUUUGAAUGAUUUUAGGCUGGCUAGCGAAAAACUUCUAUCUUAUUGGGAUCUGCUGGCAGGAAAAAAGGAAUUCGGGGAUCUCGUCGUUAUGAAUCAUGUCUCAAGGACAAUGGCUUGUGAAGUCUGGGGGCCAGAAGAAGCAGGCGCCAAGUGGGGGUUUGAAGAUUUCGAUCCCGAAGUUUGACAACUCCACGCUUAUUACGGGGUAUUCAAAGACUCUGAUUGGCCGGUGCAUGAAUCCGCCGAAGCAGGAGAUGAAUGGAUUGCUGUAUCAUCUCCCACGAAUCUGGAAUGUUGAAGAGAGGGUGGUGGGCGCAGACUUGGGUCUUGGAAGAUUCCAGUUUGAUUUUCAGGAAGAGGAGGAUAUCAUUGAAGUGCUUAAGAAGGGGCCUUUUCAUUUUGAUAACUGGAUGUUGUCUGUGGUGAGAUGGGAACCUGUGGUGGAGGAUAAUUAUCCUUCGAAGAUUACUUUUUGGGUGAGGGCUAUUGGAGUUCCUUUACACUUUUGGGCGGAACCGACUUUCAAGAGUAUUGGUGAUGCGUUGGGGGAGGUUCGUGGAGAUGAUGCGAUUGAUAUUAAUGAUGGGAAGAUUCGGGUGAUUUUGGAUGCGUUUAAGCCGCUGGUAUUUUCUAUCACUGUGGAGUUUCAUAGUGGGGAGGAGACAGUGAUUGCGUUGCGCUACGAUCGUCUUCAUGGCUUCUGCAGGACGUGCUCGAGCUUGAGACACGACCAAUCAAGGUGUCCUACCACGAAAGACGCAACGGAGGAUGGUGAUGUUGGUCCAUCUGACAAGCCGGAUCAAGGAGGGAAAGCGUUAAGCUAUAAGGGGGCAGUGGAGUCUCAACAUACGGAGAACACUUCUGGUGGAGAGAGUAGGAGGCAAAACCAGCAGGGGGCGGGAAAGCAGGAUGUGAAAGGGAAAGGCAUUGCUUAUGAGGGAGGAAGACAAGGGGGGGUAGCCAAAUCGGGGCCAGGGAGAAGGUAUAGAGAAAAUGGGAGACCAACGGCGAGGUAUGUUAGACAGGCUGGAUAUCUUCCACCUCACGAGCUGAAUGAUAGCUAUGUUAUGGCAACGAGUGGUAUCAAUGGGUUGAGGAACCAGGAGGUGGGAGGCCAUCUGGAUACUCAACAAAAAUUAAUGCUUGAGGCUUUCAAGAGUGGGGCAAAGGGGGAGGUUUCAGAGUCUAAGGCCCGUAAAGCUUUACUGUUUGAGAGCGAAGGUCAUGAGGAGGGACUUGCUGUAACAUCAGGUGGGGAUCCUGUAGAAACGGUUCAGAGGAGGGAAGAAGUUAUGGAGAAGUCGGGAUUCUCUAAGGAGGUGGCUACGGCAGAGACGGAAGGUAUGGAGGGAAAUAAUUUUGUGGAGUGUUCAAAUGCGGAGCAGGAAGGAAUGCAGGUGCUGGAGAUGGGAAACAAGGAAGAGGUGGUGUCGUCGGAGAUGGUAGCAGGCCUGGAUGAGGAAGAUGGGCAUUUGGAGUAUGAGAUGAUGGAGGAUGGUGUGGACGAUGUGAGUUCUGAGCGAGAGGCGUCUGGUGAUUUAAACUCCAUGGAUGUUGUGGAAGCUUCUCCGGUUGCUGAAAGUGAAGACUUAGUAGGAGAGAAAGAGCAUCAGGUCCCAAAGAAGAAGAAUGGGAAGAUCACUGCUGCUGCCAUGGGAGGAAACGCGAAGAAAAGAUUGGUUCAGAGUCUCGUGUCUCCACGGAAGAAGGCAAUGGCAAAACAAGGCAGUAAGGCGGGAGACAAGGGUCAAGUCCCCACCAGGAAGGCUUUGAUUAAGCCGAAACCAGACCAGGAUUAAUUUCCUUGGUUUUUUUUCAAUUAAGUUAUGAAUAAGUGUAGGGCUUUUGAUAUGAAGUUUCUGGUUUAUUAUAUUUUGUUCUCUUGGUUUAAGUUGUCUCUGAUAAAGUCAGGGAGUUGGAAUAAAGGAGUUGGUUCCCGUUUUAA